GGCGCCUGCGCAAAGCAACGCCUUGGAGCGGCAGGACACCAAGGCGCGUGCGUAGUGACGGCUGUGUCGGCUCCCCUUUGCGCCGGAACUUAUGCGUACUAGCGGGAAGGAGUGCGUGAGCACAUGAAAGCAAAAGCUGUUUAGGGACCCUCAGCGGAACAGGCUACCCAGAUGGCGGCAGCGGGUGGUGGAGCUGGACUCGCCGCAUCCGCCGGGCUGGAGGCGGCGACACUGCAGAAACUAGCACUUCGGCGGAAGAAGGUGCUGGGCGCCGAGGAGAUGGAACUAUACGAGCUUGCGCAGGCUGCGGGCGCCGCCAUCGACCCCGAUGUGUUCAAGAUCCUGGUAGACUUGCUGAAUUUGAAUGUGGCUCCCCUUGCCGUCUUCCAAAUGCUGAAGUCCAUGUGUGCUGGGCAGCGACUAGCAAGCGAUCCCCAGGACUCGGUGCCCAUAUCUCUGUCCACAUCGGAGACUCGAGGGAGAAACAGAAGUGGCCCCACUCUUGGCAAUGUACCCAUAGUGGCAGAACGUGGAAGCCGUGAAAGACCCAUCCAGAGGAUGCCACGCCAGCCCAGUGCGACUAGGCUGCCCAAGGUUGGGGGAGCUGGAAAAAGUAACUCCCGAAGCAGCCCAUAGCCUCGAACAGAGACUGCACCUGGCACACAGUC